UUUUUUUGCUUUUCACUUUCCUCUGCUCCCUCUCACUUAGCCACUUGAGCUUGCACCAGUUGAAAGGACUUCAGUGGGGGGGGAGAGAGCACGCAAAACGGCAGAAAGAAAGAGAAGGAACAGAAGGAAGCCAUGCAAACAGUGAGCCGGCCCAGCGAUUUUCCUCAACAAGUCUAAUCUUUGACCAGCACAAAUUGUUUUUGACUCAUCCCUGGAGAGGUGCCCAAAGAAAGCGGAUAGCACAGACCUCGAGGAGGAGAGUUUUGUUCAUCAUUCUGGCUGACAGGCAAAACAAGCAUCCAAGUUGUGGGUACAAGCCAAGAAAGAGUUAACACUGAGAUAAAGUGGAGAAUCACACAAAUGUGAGUUGAAGCAGACAGAAGGGGUGAUGCUUAGAGGGACAAGAAAGUGAGGAGAAAAGUCAAACAAGAAGCAGCAACAACACAAAGACUGCCCACAGAGAAAGGAGAAGUCUCGAGAGUAAGCCGCUCCAAGUCAGGUGGAGAGAAAGAGAAGUAGAACAAGUAGAAACAGAUUUUCAGAGCGAGGAUGGCCAACUCGGGUCUUCAGUUGCUGGGGUACUUUCUGGCGUUGGGCGGCUGGAUCGGCAUCAUCUCCACCACCGCGCUGCCCCAGUGGAAGCAGUCGUCUUAUGCCGGGGAUGCCAUCAUCACAGCUGUAGGUCUGUACGAGGGGCUUUGGAUGAGCUGUGCGUCCCAGAGUACGGGGCAGGUGCAGUGCAAGAUCUUUGACUCCAUGCUCUCGCUGGACAUCCACAUUCAGACAUGCCGGGCUCUCAUGGUGAUAUCAGUGCUCCUUGGUUUUAUCGGCAUCAUCGUCAGCGUCGUAGGGAUGAAGUGCACCAAGGUGGGAGAUAACAACCCAUCCACCAAGACCCGUAUUGCUGUCACUGGAGGAGCUCUCUUCCUGCUCGCAGGUCUCUGCACGCUCGUGUCUGUGUCCUGGUACGCCACUCAAGUGUCCUACCAAUUCUUUAACCCAAAUACACCGCUCAAUGCCAGGUACGAGUUCGGCUCGGCACUGUUCGUGGGCUGGGCCGCUGCCAGCCUGACCGUUCUGGGCGGUUCCUUGCUGUGCUGCUCCUGCUCUAAAGACGACAUGCGAGGGCAACAGUAUUAUCGUCAAUCACAGCCUUCCACAGCCAGGGAGGCAGAGUUGUUGAGUGAAACUAGUUUCCCUGACUGAUCAGCCCCGCCUUUUUAUCGAGGACUAUCUGACUGUCCAACCACUGAAUUCCCUUCUAUCGUUCCUGUCACAUUAUUGGCCCCAAAUUUGGACCUUUUGAUCAGGAUUCCCAUUUUCUUUCACCUUGCCAGUUUUAAUGGAAAGACGUAGGCUAGGUCUUCUUUCAUUUCACCAGCUUUUGAGUCUUCAUUGUAAAUAGAGAUUCUUAAAGGAUACUUUUCUUUGAGAAGCAAGAUAUCAUCCCUGUCUAUACCUUCCAUACCUCCCUUUGUUUCCUGUCGUUGGCUGAAAGUUAAGAAUGAACUGAAACAUGACAUUGCGCUGAUCUGCGGUGUCAACUACAGUGAUCUCUAGGUGUUACAAAUGUGUCUUUCUGGUUUAAUUUGUUCACUGUGACUGUAUUUUCACUGAAACAUGUCUUUUUUCCCCUCUGAAUUGCAGACCAAAUGUUAAAAGUACCCCACCAGAGAAAAGGGAGCAGUACUUGUAGUUGGGGAGAGUCUUCUGGCCUUGCCAUGGCUUAGAUUCUGUCAACAGGCAAAACCCUCCCAAAUGAGGAAUUGAAACCAGACAAGAAACAAAUUUAUGAACUGAACUCAAAACAAUUUGCAGCAGAAUAAUUUUUGGGGUUAUAGAAAGUGCUUGGGGAGGUUUGCAAAUUUUUGACAUGUUAGGGGGCAGAGAGAUCAGAACCUUGUCUUUGUUGUUGACUUUGGGAGAGACACAGUCAUUCAGGGUAUGUUUUCUAUAACAUGUUAAAAUGCCUGGGUGUGAAUAUCACCUACUCCAUACUGUUUUUUUAUUUACUACAUAUGUAAUAUUUUACUACAUUUCCUUAUAACAAGUUUGUGCAAAUGUAAUUGGUUAUGUAUUUGAUGAUAUGAACCCUUUCCUGUCUGAGUUGUGGAUGUCUUUUGCCAGUAGUUCUGUAUACCUUUUUUAUGUUGGAUUUCCAAGAAUGAAUAUGUAACUACUCUGCAGUAUCACUUAUGAACAAAAAUAAUAUUAGCAAAUAUGUACUGUCUUAUGUCAUUGUUUUGAUGAAGAAUUUUUGCUUUGUUGCCAAACCGCCUGGAUCACGGAUGAAUCAUUUCCCUUUACUGUGUCUGUCUUUAAGUUUUCAUCUGCAUAAGUUGUUGCUGACCAUGUCAGAAAAUGGAUGUAUGAACGGAUGACAGUGUCCUCAGUGUUUUGGCCCCUAAAUGUAGAGAUGCAUUGAUCAAGCCUUUCCUGGCUGAUACCGACUCAUAAAACUAUUCGUUUGUGUCCUUGGGGUUGAUUUUAACUGACUAUAAGUCUUUGUUCUCUUCCCUGUGACACAUAAAAGAGAGAAUUCAUUGACAAGUAUAGUAAUUUAGUGGAUUUUCAGUUAGGUAUGUCCCAGUAAGGGUCACUCAAGAUAUCAUGACACAAAACCACGCAAUGUUAAAAUACCUUAACCUUUUCUUGUCAAAGUUAAGUGUCACAAAGUACAAAUUUGUUGGUGUUAUCACUUGACUUUGCCUGUGGAAGUAAGUCUAAGUGAUUAUUAUGAGCCCGGAUGUGAAGGUAAGUGCUUAAAGCGCGACAUCAUUUCCUAUGUUUUAAAGUCUUAUAUUGAAGUAAGGAGCGGAGCGGUUCCUAGUUUGACCCUUUAUGUUUUCAGGAUUUGCUUACAGGUUUGUCAGUCUGAUUGACGACGCUCUUCCAGUUUGAAAACCUUCUCCACUUUCAAACUGUUUGUGUUGCAGAUUUUUGGGCUGUCAAUAAUAAUAAUAAUAGUAAUAAUAAUUAUUAUAAUAAUAAUAAAAGAAAUAAUGAGAGAUGGACAGAAAAAACACUGUGUUAGCUUUUAGCUGAAUUCUGUUGGCGCUCCACUAAAAGGAUUGUUAAGCAACACAGGGCUGGGGUCAGGGUGUAAUUUAGCUCACGCUGCCCCCCCACAAGACACCACCCUGGGCAGUUGCCCAUGUGCGCCCGUAUCAGAAACGUCAUUAUUAUAAAUGCAGAUUUUACUGUUUGAGAAGCACAAGAGUGCUUUACUUUUUAUUUAGAAUAAUAUUCAAGGUAGGAAAAGACUGAGCCCUAACUAUGAGUACAAGUCAAAACACAAUAUAAUAUUUUAACUGUUUAGAGAUUACUUCAAAAACAUAUUUUGAUUUGUAAACAUAAAAAGAUGAAUUCUUGUUUCUCCAUAUUGUCGCACCGAUGUUAUUUAAUCUUUAUUUCAUGUUUAGCAAACUCAUAAAUACCAUUACAGUACAUGCAGUGUUUAUCAAUAAAAAAUUGUGAGACGUCUUAGUAAUUAUAGAUUUAAUGAAUAGGGAAAGUAUCAGAAAAUGUAUCAGCCUUUGAUGCUCAAAUCCCUAAUCUUAGCUCAAAAAUUGGCAGAUUUCCUUCCACGGCUGAUCAGUGCACCUCUACCUACAGGAUGUUCUGCUCUACCUGCUGUCCUGUGUACUAAGGAACACAAGUUUAAGCAAAUGCCUGCAUUUAUUUCCUGUGGCAUACCUUUAUCUAAUAUUUACCUCUUUUAUGUUGUGUAUUAUCUUAUUUACAGUAUACUCAUGUCUGUCUCCUAGAAUGAAGUAAACAGAGACAUAAAUGAC